UUUUUUUUUUUUCAUUUCUCCUACUCGUGCGAUGGGAAUCCGUGGAAUUAGACAGCAUUUUAGCCUCCUGCAAUCACCUUGUGUGCAAAUCGCCAUCGGAAAUCCUAAGGGACCAGGAGAGAAACAGAGAGAGGGGGAGAGACAGAGAGGGAGGGGGGCGAAGAGAAAGAGAGAGAGGAAAAAAUAAAUAGCUAUAAUAGUAGUAGUAGUGAUAAUAACAGCAAUAAUCGUCAUUAGCCUUUGAUAUCGCUGCAUUUUGCCUGAAGCUGGCAGGAAGGACGAUGUGCCCCAGUGGCUAGAUUUCUCUCUAUCUAAAGGCAAACCAACAACAACUAGAACAAAAAAAAUACAACCCCCCAAACCAACUGCAACCCAAGACACUGAAAAAUCGAGAAGGAAUGUUUGGUGGACCGUGUAUAUUUAAACUGUAAGAGAGGAAACCAAAAAAUAUGCAAUCCAUCCUCACUGAACUGGAGAUCUACAGCCCAGCGCGGGAUCCUAAACUGUCAGUCUCCGUGGGGAUAUAUUUUUGCACAGGCGAGAGACUUCUGGAUGCUGGGGAGCGUUUAUCUCCUCGGAAGCAGCUUUCCACGAGAAAGCGUGCGUGCAUCUCUACGGUGCCCUCCUUCUCGGAGCCUGCCGGCGAGCCGCCGAACGCCCCAGCAAGCCCACAAACAAACAGAAAGGUCUCACCUAACCCUGGGGGGAACUGAUAAGCCUCUCUGCUGCAGAGCCAGAGGGUGCCAGGGACCGGGCGGCUAAGUCUGGGGGGCAGUGGCAGGGCGGCUGUGUGUCCCCCAGGGCUCCCCCCCGGCCAACCUGCGCUCGGCUCGCCCCUGGGCGCUGGCGACGAGCUGUUGCUUUCUUUCCCCCGCGACGGCCACAAAGGGAGCGGGGCCCGGGCCCGCCGCUCGUCAAUGUCAACGUCGGGCCACGUGACCGCACCUCCCCGCCGCCGCCGGGAGAGCUCUCCACGUCAGCCUACGUCUCCCCAUCCCUUACUUCACGGAUCCGCUUCAAAGGGGCAGCUGCGUUAGAGAAUCAUGUUAAGCUCAGCUAAUGCGGAGAAGCCGAGGUAGCCCUAAUGAUGGAUUUUGAUGAGCGUGUUCCUUGUUCCUCUAACAUGUAUUUGCCAAGUUGUACUUACUACGUCUCGGGUCCUGAUUUUUCCAGCCUCCCUUCUUUUUUGCCCCAAACCCCGUCUUCUCGCCCUAUGACAUACUCGUACUCCUCCAACCUACCCCAGGUCCAACCUGUGAGAGAAGUUACCUUCAGGGAAUAUGCCAUUGAUCCCUCCAGUAAAUGGCACCCCAGGAACAAUCUGCCCCACUGCUACUCCGCAGAGGAGAUCAUGCACAGAGACUGCCUGCCUGCCACCAACACUGCUAGCAUGGGCGAGAUGUUCGGCAAAAACACAGCUAACGUCUACCACCCCAGCACCAACGUGUCCUCCAAUUUCUAUAGCACGGUGGGCAGGAACGGGGUCCUGCCACAGGCUUUCGACCAAUUUUUCGAGACGGCUUAUGGCACGGCGGAAAACCUGGCCUCUGCGGACUACCCGGUAGACAAGAGUGGCGAGAAGGCGCCCGCGGCCGCCGGGGCGGCGGCGGCGGCAACUUCAAGUUCGGAGGGCGGCUGCGGCAGGGCGGCGGCGACGGCGGCGGAGAAGGAGAGGAGGAGGCGGCCGGAGAGCAGCAGCAGCCCCGAGUCAUCUUCCGGCAACAAUGAGGAGAAAUCCGGCAGUUCCAGUGGACAACGUACGCGUAAAAAGAGAUGCCCGUACACAAAAUACCAGAUCAGAGAGUUAGAAAGGGAAUUCUUCUUCAGUGUCUACAUAAACAAAGAGAAACGCCUCCAGCUCUCCCGAAUGCUCAAUCUGACCGACCGUCAAGUCAAAAUAUGGUUUCAGAACAGAAGAAUGAAAGAAAAAAAAAUUAACAGGGACCGAUUACAAUAUUACUCAGCUAAUCCACUACUUUAAAACUCAUAGCGUUUUUCAAGACGAGAUUAAAUUCAGAUUUCGCCCUUGACAAGGUCAAGCCACGGGGUUACGUGGAGGAAGGAGGUGUGUAUCUGACGGGACUAGAAGAAUCUAAGGUUUUACACACAUGUAAACCUACUCUGGAACUGCGAUUAUAAUUUUUU